AUGCCUGGCACCUGCCCACCUCCGCAGCUCUCGCAGAUGUACGACGUCUCGGCGUGCAUCUUUCAGAACCCUGGGUCCUCGUGCUUCGUUCAGUGUGACGCGGCCUUCGGGUGGUUUGGCGUGCCGGAGCAGUACAACUGCACCAUCGCAGAGACCUACGUGGGAACGCCGCCGGUGUGUGCUACCACCACCUCGACUUCCACCCUGACCACCACUAGGACGGAACUGGUGGUGUGCACGGACGGUCUGCCCACAGAGGUUGGUGUGGAUGUCAGCGACUGCGCCGGGCAGGUGGUGAGCGGCCAGCGCUGUGUGGUGCGCUGCGCUACGAACUUCUUCGGCACGGCAGAAGAUUACAUUUGCAACCCCUUCACCGCAAGGUUCGAGGGUGCGCCAAUGGUGUGCUCCAGGCAAAGCUGCGGCAGCCUGGUCAGCGUGCCGGGAAGAACCGAUGUGAACACCAGCGCUUGCAAGGAUGUGGUGGUGGGGGACUUCUGCCUCGUGAGCUGCAAGGAAGGCUAUGUGCCGGCGGACGCGUCCUACCAGUGCGUGUCGGAUCUGAGCUACCAGGGCACCGCCCCCACUUGCACCAGGAUGCCCUGCAACACCGCGACGCUGCCGGCUUCGGCAGGCUUGGACGUCAGCAGUUGCUACAACCUCUUCGUCGGCGACACGUGCACAGCCUCCUGCCUCCCAGGCUAUCUGGGCACGGCUGCCCAGAUGCAGUGCGAGCUAUCCACAGACUUCACGGGGACGGCGCCCAACUGCAUCUUGAAGGACUGCCUGGUGCCCCCGUUCUGGAAGCAGGAGCCGAGUUUCAACACCACGUGCGACGGUGCCAAGCACGGCAGUACCUGCAUAGCUUCGUGCCAGCUGGGCUAUUCAGGCCAGUCCCAGCAGUUCGCCUGCGACAACGGCCAGCUGCGGGGCCAGAUCCCAUCCUGCGCGCCCGGCAACCCAUCAAGAAGUUCGCUGGUUGGCGGCCCAAGCCGCGGGAAAACCCGGGACCACCGACCGGUGAAGUGA